CAGAGGAUGCCGAGGGGCCGGACCCGGGCGGGCCCUAGGCCGAGGCGCGCGCUGUCCCCCGCCCCUAUCCCCUGAGCCAGCCAGCCUCGGGACGCGCUGUCGCUGGGCCCGGUUGUCCCCCAGGGCUGUCCUGGUGCUUCCCCACAAUUGCGUCGUCCUACCGUCCCUGCAGUGGUGCGAGUGGCCACCCGUGCCUCCGCCCAGAUCCCGAGCCGCCGCCGCGGGCCAUGGAGGUGGCGCCGGAGCAGCCUCGCUGGAUGGCGCACCCCGCCGUGCUGAAUGCGCAGCACCCCGACUCGCACCACCCGGGCCUGGCGCACAACUACAUGGAGCCGACGCAGCUGCUGCCUCCGGACGAGGUGGACGUCUUCUUCAAUCACCUAGACUCGCAGGGCAACCCCUACUACGCCAACCCGGCCCACGCACGGGCGCGCGUCUCCUACAGCCCGGCGCACGCCCGACUCACUGGAGGCCAGAUGUGCCGUCCGCACUUGUUGCACAGCCCCGGCUUGCCCUGGCUGGACGGGGGCAAAGCAGCGCUCUCUGCAGCUGCCGCCCACCACCACAGUCCCUGGACUGUGAGCCCCUUCUCCAAGACGCCGCUGCACCCGUCGGCUGCUGGAGGACCUGGAGGCCCACUCUCGGUGUACCCGGGGCCUGCAGGUGGGAGCGGAGGAGGCAGCGGGAGCUCGGUGGCCUCCCUCACCCCCACUGCAGCUCACUCGGGCUCCCACCUCUUCGGCUUCCCACCUACCCCACCCAAAGAAGUGUCUCCAGACCCCAGCACCACGGGGGCUCCCUCCCCUGCUUCAUCUUCUGCAGGGGGUAGCGUGGCCCGAGGAGAGGACAAGGAUGGUGUCAAGUACCAAGUGUCACUGUCCGAGAGCAUGAAGAUGGAAGGUGGCAGUCCCCUGCGUCCAGGCCUGGCCACCAUGGGCACACAGCCUGCCACACAUCAUCCCAUCCCCACCUACCCCUCCUAUGUGCCCGCUGCUGCUCACGACUACGGCAGUGGACUCUUCCACCCGGGAGGCUUCCUGGGUGGACCGGCCUCCAGCUUCACCCCUAAGCAACGCAGCAAGGCUCGCUCCUGUUCAGAAGGUCGGGAGUGUGUCAACUGUGGGGCUACAGCCACUCCUCUCUGGCGACGGGAUGGCACCGGCCACUACCUGUGCAAUGCCUGUGGGCUCUACCACAAGAUGAACGGGCAGAACCGGCCACUCAUCAAGCCAAAGCGGAGGCUGUCGGCUGCCAGGAGAGCAGGCACCUGUUGUGCAAAUUGUCAGACGACAACCACCACCUUAUGGCGCCGGAACGCCAACGGGGACCCAGUGUGCAACGCCUGUGGCCUCUACUACAAGCUGCACAAUGUUAACAGGCCUCUGACCAUGAAGAAGGAAGGGAUCCAAACCCGGAACCGGAAGAUGUCCAGUAAGUCGAAGAAGAGUAAGAAGGGGGCUGAGUGCUUCGAGGAGCUGUCCAAGUGCAUGCAGGAGAAGUCAUCCCCCUUCAGCGCAGCCGCCCUAGCUGGACACAUGGCGCCCGUGGGCCACCUCCCGCCCUUCAGCCACUCGGGACACAUCCUGCCCACUCCGACGCCCAUCCAUCCAUCCUCCAGCCUCUCCUUCGGCCACCCUCACCCAUCCAGCAUGGUGACCGCCAUGGGCUAGGCUCAGCCUCCCACUGGACAGAUGGAUGGAUGUCAAGGAGGGUGGCAGGCAGAGCAAGGCUGGGCACUCCAGGAUGGAUGGACCAAGUCCUUGACUCCCACCCUUCCCCGAAGACCAACACCCCUCCUGUAAACCCAGCCAGAACCCAAAGCCACUUCUCCCUGGAGGGCUCCCAGCCUCCUGCUGCCAUUACUGUGAAUAUUAUCAACUGGGCUGUGGCUGCCAGUGACGCGGUGCUUGCCCAGCCAGGUUUCUUUCAUGGACAGUUGCUUGGAGAGCAAAAAGGACAACUUUACAGCAAAAAAAAAAAAAAAAAAAAAAAAAAAAGAAGAUGAAGAAGGAAGGCACAGGGGACAGAAAAAAAUGAAACCAUUUUUUUUUUUUUGAAGGAAAAGGAAUAGGGGAGAAAAUAAUUUAUUUUACUCUUGCUUCUUACAUGGUCAUGGAGAUGUGGAGGUUGUCUUGCAUUCUCUGGGUUCUCCCUUGGGGUCAACCGCUGCCUGCCAGGGCCUUGGGAGGGACAGACCUGUGGUGCCUCAGCCCGCGCCUCCCUUCUCCCUGGUGGGUGGCCAGGAGGGCUCCCCUGCCCUGAUGCAGCCCUUGAGGGCAGAGACAAUCGCAGGCGGUUCUGUGCAGAUUCCCAGGCCAGGGCUGGGUCACAGGAAGGAAACAUUUUCUGGAAAACGGAAAUGUCUCCCAGAUCGCUCCCUUGGUUUUGAGGCCAAAGCUGGUGUGACCCAUGUGCCCCAAGACUCAGCCUGAGCUCUUGGCCCUUUGGACCCUGUAAAUAUAUCCUUUUUUUUUUCUGCUAGCCCCUGUACCCCCUCCCACUCUGAGACAAAAAUGGGAAAAUAUUCAAAACAAAACUGCAUAAGCUUAACUCGAUGAGUUUUAUUUUUAAACUCUCUUGGUCCAGUCGGUUGUACGUUGCCACAGAAGCCCCCCGCUACGGAAAGGAAUAAAACCUACAAACCGAA